CGUAAAAUUAUAAGAAGAAAAAGCAGGAGAAGGAAGGAAGGAGGAGAAGGAAAAAGAAACACCAAGAAGACUGAAAUUCACAGCAAUAUGGAGUAUGUUUUAAGAACAGUUAUGUUUGGAUUAGUUAUAUGCGGUGUGUUUAGUGCUGAUGAAGUUAAAGUGAAGUCAGUGAUGGAGGGAGAUUCUGUCACCUUAAAUCCUGAUAUUACUCAAAUACAAGAAAUAAAUCAGAUAAAGUGGCUGUUUCAAAAAAAGGGAUCCAACACUGCUGAAAAUAUUCGGAAUGUGGAGAUACUGCAAGGCAGAUUGGAGAAAAAUGGUCAGACUGGAUCUCUGACUAUCAACAACAUGAGAACCAAACACUCUGGGCUUUACACACUUGAGAUUUACCACGAUAAUGGGAUCAAUCAUGCAAGUUUUACUGUUACAGUAAAUGAAGUUCCAUCUACUAAUGAAGCUCAUAAAGCUGAAAUGAAGAGCUUGAAUAUGACAGAGGGAAAACCACUUGUUCUAGAGACUGAUGUUACUGAAUUUCACGGGGAUGAACUGAUUGUGUGGAGGUUUGGACAUGAAGGAAAACUCCUGGCUAAAGAAGAUAAAGAAACCAAGAGUCCACCAUAUUAUAAUACUGAUGAAAGAUACAAAGACAGACUGAAGCUGAAUGACCAGACUGGGUCUCUGACCAUCAAGAACACGAAAGACACAGAUGCUGGAUAUUAUACAGUGAGGAUCAGCAGCAACAAACGGACAACAUACAAAAAAAUUUCUGUUAAUUUCACUGUUAUCAUUUCAGGUUCAUGUGUGUCUCUAGCUGCUUUUGCUGGAGCUAUUACUGCUCUGCUGUUGGUGUUUGCAGUUGUAGCUGGAUUGGGUUUUCUUUAUCACCGCCGCAAGAUCUCUGAACUACAGGAACAUGUGGAGAGAAAAGAAAAUGUAGUGGUUGAGAUGGAGUUGAUGCCCUUAAAAAAUUAACAGUCACAGUGUUUAGUGACACUGUCACAUCAUUACUUACUUCCUGGGCCAUAUGUACGGAAGUUGAUAUUUAGCUGCACCAUAUUGGUGUUUCGUAACAUCUAGUUUUUAUGAGGUGGGUUAUUAGCCCAAAUCUCAACCCCCAAUCUGGAGAACCAGGGCAUAUACACAUACACUUCAGACAAUUAAGCUUACCCAGUUCACCCUACAACACAUUUCUUUGGACUGUGGGGGAAACCAGGUAUGUGUUUGUCUCUCUCUCCCUCUCUUUUCGUCUCUUUUCCAACUUCUGCUUGAAGUCUCUUGGUCAAGAUACAAGCAGUGGUGUGAUCGCUCUUUUGCAGUGGUAGGUCCUAAACUCUGGAAUACCCUUCCUGCUGAGAUUCAUAAAAUCACUGACCUGCCACUUUUUAUAGCCAAGCUUAAGACCCAGUUGUUUAAAUCGCCUUUAAUGCACAGCACUGAAAUUUCUUUAUGUUUUAAGUGAAGUUUAUAUAUAAACUAAUUUCAAAAGGAUCACAUGCUUAUGAUUGCUUGCGGCCAGUCACGCAUUAUUCAAUGUAUUCAAGGUGCUAUGUAAUUAAUUUGCUAUGUAUAUUUAAUUGUGUUUAACUGUUAGGUGUGUAAAUUUUAACUUUUGUUUGUUGUUUACUCAUCCGUGUUCUUCCCUGCCUUGUUACUGUAUUUCAAUUGUGGUUUGUUCGUUUGUAAAUUUUGUAAAUAUUGUACUAUGUAUAUACAUAGUGAGAAGCAUUAGUUGUUAGAUGUCACACUCUUACUUUUGUGUAAAUAUUUUUUACAGGUUAUUUCUUUAUAGUUAGGCAGGUAGAAGUAGUAGGAGAAGUGGGCCUAACUCUAGUGUUCAUAAAAGUGAGUUUAUUUGUUGUCCAGUGUUCUUUUAUAUUAUAUUUAACAUAUUAAACAUUUGUUUAAUGUGCCCAGUG